AUGGCAUCUUUCUUCGAAAAUAUUGAGGUCGCACCUCCUAUUGAGGUAUUUUACAUGAACAAAAUGUACCAUGACGAACCAGCACAGCAUAAAGUUAACUUAACUGUUGGAGCAUAUCGUACGGAAGAAGGUAAACCGUGGGUAUUACCAGUGGUACGUGAAGCGGAGAAACGACUUACAGAUGAUAUUAGUCAUGAAUAUUUACCGGUGCUUGGCUAUGAACCGUUUUGUAAUGCUGCAAUGAAACUAGUUCUUGGAGAGGAUUCACCGAUUAUCAAAGCUGGAAAAGUUUGUGGCCACGGGUGUGCAGUGUCUUUCCGGAACAGGCUCAUUAAAGGCCGGAGCCGAUUUUCUCAGUUUUGUCAAAAAAUGAAUACGGUUUACGUUUCAAAACCAACUUGGGGUAAUCAUAAAUUGAUAUUUGCAAGGGCUGGUUUUACGGAUAUACGUGAAUACUGUUACUGGGAUACAACAAAUCGUUGUAUUAAUAUGAAAGGCAUGUUGGCCGAUCUUGAGGCUGCACCUGAGAACUCUGUAGUGAUUUUGCAUGGUUGUGCUCAUAAUCCAACGGGUAUGGAUCCGACUCAUGACCAAUGGAAACAGAUUGCACAAGUUUUUAAGAAAAGGCAUCUAUUCCCAUUCUUCGAUCUUGCUUAUCAAGGCUUCGCAAGUGGUGAUCUGGACGCAGAUGCCUGGGCCGUGCGCUACUUUGUUGAGCAAGGAUUUGAGAUAUUUUGUGCACAAUCAUUUGCCAAGAAUUUUGGCCUUUAUAAUGAACGAAUUGGUAAUCUGACAGUUGUAGUCUCGGAUCCAUCGGUACUAAUAGGCUUUAAAUCACAGAUGUCACUGGUUAUUCGAUCCAAUUGGUCUAAUCCUCCUAGUCAUGGUGCGAGAAUUGUGCACAUGAUACUAACAUCGCCAAGUAUGUGUGCCCAGUGGCAUGAUGCUAUAAAGACGAUGUCUUUGCGCAUAAAAGGUAUGCGACAAGCAUUGCGAGAGAAUCUGGAAAAGCUUGGUACUCCUGGAAAAUGGGAGCAUAUUACACAACAAAUUGGGAUGUUUUCAUUCAGUGGUCUUAAUGCGGAACAAGUUGAUCAUCUUGUCAAGAAACACAAAGUAUUUUUACUAAAGGAUGGACGAAUAAAUGUUUGUGGACUGAAUCCAGAAAAUGUUGAAUACGUCGCGAAAGCAAUCAAUGAAACCAUCAGUAGCAUAAAGUAA